CGUACAUGAAUACGAAGUUACAAAUUUCAGUUCCUUUCAAUUGCCGGCAAUUGUCACGGGUCAAGUGCACGGUGCAACUUCGGUAUUGUGUUGGGUGUUUAUUGAGUGAUAAAGAGGUAAAUGCAUUGCAACAAUGAAUGCGAGCUGUUAACAAUUCAAGAGUGGAUAAUAACUUCAAAGAACUGUUCCGACAAUUUGCACUAGAAGAAGACUGGUGAAUCGGUUUUCCACGGCAACAUAACCCCAGAAUACAAAACCAGUAUCUUCGAGGAUUUGGUGGACUUGGGAGACCAGUUUGAUGUCCCUAGUGAAGAAGGUGGGCCUGCCAACAGCGGCAACGAAGGUCGGAGUCCAAGAAGGUUCACACUCCAAAAGGCAAGACAGGAGACCUUUGAAAGCUUGUUGCACCACUUAGGUUGGCGUCUGUUCGAUCUGUGCAGCAGAGAGGAGAAAUAGAGACUGAAACAGAAUUCGAAGAGAUCGAACAAACUGAAGAGAGCGACGAGAGGGAAGAGAGAGAUGAUGACACAAGGGAAGAUGAGAAAGAAGAAUCUCGAGAACAAGAACAAAAAGAAGAGAAAGAAGAGACCAUAAAGCAGGAAGAGAAACCUGUUCAACAACGAAAUGGCCUCAACAGAAUGCAUAUCAUGGAUGACGACUCUAACAGGACAGCUGCAGUUGAUGAGGCUCCGAGGAAUAAUGGAUCACUUAAGUCUCGACGUAAAUCCUUACCUGCUGAAUCAGAAAAGGAUUCUGAUAGCGGGAAGGAGAAUGGACCUACUCGUGAAACUGUUGAGGAAAAGGUAGCCAUUGGCAAGGAAGUUGUACGUGAGCUCUCGCCUGUUGCUCCUCCUGAAAAAUCUGAGCCAGAAGAUACAGAAGUAAAAGAAAAUGAUAUUAAGGAAGAAAAGAAAGAUGCUCUCAAAGAGAGUAUCAAAUCAGAAGAAGUGUCAGCUGAGGAGGGUGCUGAAUCCACUGAACAAAACAAAAAAGACGAAGAAAACGACAAAAAUGAAACAGAGUCCUUGGGAAAUGAAGAAGAAGAGAAAGCCUGUAGUGAAAAUAUGGAUUGUAAUUUAACAGAUGUGCAUGAAGAAUCAAAAUUAGAGGUAGAGGAGCACAAAGUUGAGGAAAACAUAAGUAUGCCUCAAUCUCCUGCAGAAGAUGAUGAUGUCAGUCAUGCUAGUAGCCCUGGUCACCAUCAAACAGAUCUGAAGCAGCCUAGUGAUAGAGCAAGGAAAAGAGGAAGUAGUGAAAGUGAUCAGGAUUCUCCCAUUGUGAAGAAAAUGAAGUUGACUCCAACUGAACUUGCAGAACGAGAACGAAUGGUUAGUGAUUACGUAGACAGUGCUACAACAACUAGUCUUAGAGAGAUUCAGCGGUGUUCAGAAAAGCUUCAGCAGGAAAUAAAUACACUUAAUGCUUUAGCACGUAUCAAAGAACAAGAAUGGAAUGAAAUUAUUAGAGGUAAGAAGAUUAAGGAAGAGAUGUACCUUAGAUUGCAACGUAGGAAGGAUAUAAUGAUGAUUAUGAUGAGCUCUCCAAGUAAAGGUGAUGCAAACUUCUGGGACAUGCCUUAUGACUUAAGAAUAGGUGAGAAUAGUUUAGAAGAUCUGUCAACGAGCCGAAGUAGGGUAUCAGAAACAAAUGUUAAUGCUGCGAAAACCAGUGGGUCUAAAAACAGUUCUAAGACACACAAUAGCCUUUUGAACCAGCAGCACGUGCAAACUACUGCACCGGGUGUUUCAAUUUUGAAGAGUGGUCAAAAUCAGUUGCCUGUAAUGAUGCUACCUGUUGUAUCUUCAGGAAAUGCACAUACAUCUUUGAAUUUGUCUACAUCUUCUGGAGCUACUACAAUGACACGUGUUUCUGAAAAUGGCAGUAAAGAUAAAGUUAGCAGCAGGUCUCAUAGACCUAUUCUGCCCAAACCAACAAUUGUGAUACCACCAAGUAAUUCUUCUACAUCCAGUAAUAACAAUGGGCAGAAUCCUGUUAUUGGUGAAGGCCGACAAGGACCUAUUCUUGAUGUGAGGUCUAUAAUAGCUGAUUAUCGUUCAAAACAUCCUGGAGAUGUACCACGUCGUGGCAGAAGAUUAAAAAGUGCUUUGUCUCCAAAUGCUAGUGCACAGGGUCCCGAGAAUCUUGUGACAUCAACUAGAGUCAGUGGCACUGGAGGAAUUCUCAGCAUGGCAUCGGUAGCACUAGGUUCAGGCUCUCAAAUGAGACCUGGGCUAAUGGGGUCUUCACCAGCUGAAAUUCCUGACCUUGGGUUCCUUCUGAACAACACCGGAGAAGGCAAUCGCAUGGAAAGUUCACGACCAUCAAGUGCCGACUCUUCACGAAGUGGCGCACCUUCAACUCAGAUGCCUGCAGAGUCAGGAAAUGUUGGGAAUGUAGGCAGCAUAAGCUUCAAGGACGUUUUAGUUCAGUUUGCAAAAUUAAGUCAGAAUGAGCAGCGACAUGAACCACCGGUUCCUACCACCACUGCUUCUUCAGUUGUGAGCGCUGCUGCUGCUGCUGCCAACAAAGCACCUCCGUACCCGGAAGUCACCCUCCACCCUGUCCUGGCCCCUCAUUCACCACCUCAUCAAUCACCCUCUACUUCAUUGCUGCAUGGUAUCCUGACAAAAUCCACCACCAUGCAGCAGCAAAGGGCGGAAUCUAAUGCUAGGGCCACCACCUUUUCUCCCACGCUUGCCAGAUUGCUUACAGCUCCAGAACGAAUUCCUGGGAGUGUUCCUAAUACUACAGUCACUCCAUUUCAUGGUUCUGGUGGACCAGUAUCCAUUUCAGAUUUACUGUCAACAUCGAAAACAAGAAAUGAAAUCACAAUUACUCCUGUUGCUUCUCAGCAGCAAGUGAAAACCAAAGAAGAAGUUGUUCUUCUGGAAGAAGAACAAGAAGACAGUGCAGACAGACUUGUAAUUGAUGAAUCAGUAGAUGGUGAUACUAGACGAGAUGGUGAAGAUGAACAGGGUACAGCACAGGACAUUUCUCCUGAUGAGGUGCCGGAGUGCCAAGGAUGUCACCAGCGGCCUGCCCAGUUUGUGUGUGCAGGUUGUGGCAAUCAGUGGUACUGUAGUAGAGAUUGUCAAGUAUCAGCAUGGGAUGAACAUUCUGAAGUGUGCUCUGGCUAACUUUCAAUAUUAUAUAACUUUUUGCACUACUAUAAACAUAAACAAGAGGAAAUAAUUAUUCAGUGCCAAGAUCUUUCUAACUUCCAGACCCAAAGUUCAAAUUUCAUCCACCUACUUCUGUACAUGGACUGCAGAUUAUAUGUUAUUUAUACAUAUCCUUCAUUGUAUGUAGUAGUAUGUGACUGUCAACUUCUCAAUUUAUAUCAGUGUUUGUACAUGUUUAUGUUACUUCUUGUACUUUUGGAAACCAAAUGUUGCAUUUCGGUGAGUGAAGUAUUUCAGUUACCUUUUGCAAGGAGAUAAUCAGUGAUGAAUGCUGUCACUUUGUUACCGAUUCUGUUGUCUCGAAUUCAAACAAAUUUGUAUGUUGUUUGAUAGGAGCUACAAAGCAAGAAAGCCUCUCGCAGAUAUCAAGUAUAUUGUGAGCAAUAUAUCAUUUAACAAGUCAGUUGGUCACUAUCAACCAAGUAUUGAUUCACUUUGUAUUUUCAAAAAUAUAUAUAUAUUUUUAGAUUAAAAAUAGAAUAAAAUUCUAGAAGAUACCUUUUAAUUAAGAGUGAUACAUAUUUCUUUAAUUGCUUUUUAUGAUUUCCUUAAGAUUACUUAUUUGUUUUCAUUCUUCCAUUCAGUUGCUUUUGGUUAAUGAUUGGUACUGUAAAGUAUAUUUUAUCUUCUUGAUUAUUUUAAUUGUUAAUAAGAAUGUGAAGGUUAGAAUUAAUACAUAAAUGGUAUAAAUAAAUGUAGGUGCUUUUGUAAGUAUAAUAUGAAUUGAAAUGUAACAUUUAUAAAUUUUGAGUAUUUAUAAUAAAAAAAGAAAGUCUUCCAUGAAGUACCAUUGCAGAAAGUAUUUUGGGACAAUUUCGGAAAACAUUGCAGGCAAGGAGUUCAAAAUUUAAUUUAAUAUCUUGAAGGCCACUGCAAAUACAAAUGUCUCUUUUAUGUCUGCGAUUCUGUUUGCUACUGCUUAUUUUAUGUUUAUUUUGUUUGCUAAUGUACCCGUAAAUGUCCUAUUUCUUCAGGCCUUUCAAUGUUUUUCAUCCAAAGUUAAACAUCAACAUAUCAAGAAUUGACUUAUUUGCUUCCCAAAGUGAAUCAAUGCAUUAAUUAAAGUAUCCAGAGGGGGGAUUGCAUUUUCAUUUAAUUUAUUUAUAAAUUUGAGGGAGACUUACAAAUGCAUGAAUUUCAAACCAGUUUGUGGUUCUAGAUACUGAAUUUCUGUGAGAGAUUUUCUUAAUUUCCGAUUUUACAUUGUUGCUAUCUCCUUGAAAAGAUAAACCUUGAGGGUAAUUUGAUUGUUACCACAAUUUGACAGGACACAUCUCAAGUCAGUAUCUGUUCAGCUGAACAGUUGUAGACGUAUCUUGUGUAGUGAAAUGUAUGAUUAAUUGAUUAAUUUUAAUAGUGUAAGAAAAUGUGCUGUGAUAUUAGUGUUGUUUCUGUUUGUUAUUUUGUGUUUAUUGAGUCAGAAGUAUUGUCAAAUACAUAAAGUUUCCUUUUGUGAUUAAGGCAAUUAAAAUAUGUCAGUUACAUUUUAUGCCAAUAAUUUAUUUCUUCUCCUUAUGACAGUCUUUCAUCUAUUUCACUUGUUGUACUUGUGAACAUUGGUAAUCCACCUAUUCAUUUGUCGUUCAUCCUAAGUAAUGUAAAAUAUGAAAGUCACCAGUAGAAUUUCCAUUUAUGAUUUUUGUUACCAAUAAAUGUUUGAAAUGUUUGUCUUCAUUGUCACCUUGUUCAUAUAAAAUGAGACUUGUAAUCAAUUGUCCCUCAAAAAUUACUCAUUGCAUUGUUCUGUUAAACAAGAUAUUGAAUAUAACUUUGCAAACUUGUUCAAUAUUCAUGCUUGAGAAACAGAGUGUGAAUGAAAUCAAUGUACAGAAAAAAACUGCAUGAAAAUAUGGUUUUGUCAUUGCCUUCAUUUGAGGAAGGUUGAUGAGCCAAAUCAUGUUUUCACUUUUAUUGUGCUUGCAGUUGUCAGUGAUUCCAGUGAAGAAAUAAACAUAUUUUCGUUAAAAUCACCUAUGAGACAUUGCAUUUAUUAUUAGAGAAUAAUAGGUUCACCUUCUCCACUAAAACAUUGAUUACUGUUCAAAUAACUUUGUUGCAAUUAUUUUCAUGUCAGCAGCAUCUAGUGAUCUUCGCCAG